AUGGUAAAAGCACCAAGAAGCAAAGGUUGCCGAUGCGACCAAGAGCAACCUACCUGUCUGCGGUGCCGAAAAGCUGGUCGGCAAUGUCCUGGCUACCAGACUAUAAGCUUCGUAGACGAGGGCCCAUCAAUUCGGGAUUUAUACAAGACGGACGAUAAAGGCGAAAGACCUAUCGAUAGGGGGUCACCCCCAUCAUUGUUGACUUCUUCCGGUAGUAGACCUGUCAACUCUGCGCCUUUCGAGUAUUUGACCCAGGAGGUCUCUCGUGAAAGUGGCACCAAUCCGGUACCGGAUAACAGUGGACGAUCCCAAGACGUCGAGAGAUCCGCUUUGGUGUCCAUCUUGUCACCAACAGCAUACCAAUCCCAGCUGCUCUCAUUGUUCCUCGGUACAGUUGUGUCGGAUAACCCCGUGCACAUCGCACCAACCUUCAAUUGCCACAGCAUUUGGCUUGCUCAAAUGGCAAGUCGUACCGAAGUAUCUUCAACCCUUAACCACGCUAUCCGCGCCAUAUCGCUCUCAUUUUUGGGCCGCCAAACACGGGACAAAAAUCUGGUGCAGAACUCCCGCUUGAUUUACGGUAAAACACUACUCAAAUUGAACAAAUCUCUCCAAGACCCAACAGAAGGGCUUGAUUCCGACACUCUUAGUGCGACGGUUCUCCUCACAUUCUACGAACUGCUGAACUGCACGGAACAUAAUUCGUGGGUCCGCCAUGCGGGCGGGGCGGCCCAUCUAAUGCAGCUCCGUGGAGUGGCUCGGCACCGUACGGAGUUUGAUAAAGCUGUAUUUCUAGCCUGCCGAUACUCGAUAGUUUUGGAAUCGUACCAUACAGGGAAGCCAUGUUUCCUAUCGUUGGCGCCAUGGCGGAAGUUAUCCCAAGAGAUUCACGACUCCUCGGCUAGUAAAAGUGCAUUUGAAGACGCGCGAGAGGCAUUCUUUCAGGAGAUUGUGCAGCAGCCUGGGUACGUUAUGGACGCGGUACACUACAUGGCGAGUGGGGGUCGGGAUCGCUCGGUGCUGCAGGAUCUGGUCCGCCGAGGGCAUAUGCACAGGUCGAAUCACAAAGCCAUUCACAAGAAAUGCGUUGAGGCAUUGACGGAGGCCGGACAAGAACCCACAGAAGUACCAUCUUCUGUCGACGACAAGGUGUUUCCCACCGUCUAUCAGUACCAUGGCAUUCUUGUCGCCUCCUUUUUUUGCUGUUACUGGACGCUUUUGAAAGUCUUGAACAUCGCUUUGAUUGGGCUAGAAGCUAAGCUUUCAGCCAUGGAAUCGACCUUCCAAAUGUCCCGGGAACAGAUGACACCAGCCCAAAAGCUUGCAGCGCGCAACAUGAUGUUUUCUCGCGAGACCUUGACCAGUGUCAUCGUCGAAGAGUCUACGCCGCCCCGAGAUGUGGAAAGCGCUGCUCUUACAAGAAAGACCAACGUCACGAGCAGCGGAGAAACCCCGCAAAUCUUGCCAGAUCGGACAUCGUCUUCCCCAGUUGCAGACGUGCCUAUGAGGACUAGAUCCACUGGAUCUUCAACACCAGCAGCAACCAGCCCAUCCGACUGUCCCACCAUGAGCCCAAACGACACCGCAAAGCGACGGGCAAUGUACAUGGCCGAAAACAAACACUGCGCCCACCAGAUCUGCAAAUCAGUCGAAAAUGUAUCCACCGCGGCAUUUCUGGGGCCCAUCUUCAUCAUACUCUCAUUGAAAGCGAUCGGCAGAAUGUUGGAUAAACCGGAAGAGAAGGAAUGGGUAUUGCGUAAAAUGGCGGCAUUGGGGAAAACGUGGGGUCUUGCGAACCAGAAGCCAGAUGUUGUGUUAGUAUAUAGAGCAUGA